CUCACCUUCUCGCUUCUCAGUUGACUUUCACUGUUGUGAGUAGGAGGACGUUUUCUUGCGGCGGGCGUGUUUGUAUCACAUUGAAUUUGGCAGUUACGUCAUGGGUAGCAGUUGAUACAUGAGAAGAUACUUGCUUCACCUCAAGAUGUUCAGGUUCUGGGUGUGCCGACGGCGUGGGAGAUGGCUGGGUGUAGGACUGGCCUUGGCAACUGUCUUCCUCUUCGUCUUCUUGAUCAAAGAUCCAAGAGUCACAUUCGACGACAACCCCGAUGUCAUGAUCCCACUCAAGUCCAGACACCAGAACCAAGAGGAGUACAUCGACAAGCAUGGCAUCCACGUGGUCGUUGGGCAUUACAUGGGCGACGACAUACCCGGAAAGACCACGCCUAACAUAACAGAAGAGCUUCUCAACUUCAACGGCUACGACCCCCAGCCUCACGCAGGCGAGAAUGGCAACCCCGUUCAGAUCCCGACGUGGGAGAUGGCUAGAAUGCAGAAGCUGUACCAUAUCAAUCGCUUCAACCUCCUGGCGUCGGACCGGAUUCCCCUCAACCGGACGCUUCCGGACGUCCGGAAAAAGAAAUGCCUGGAGAAGGACUACCACCCCGACAGCCUCCCCACCACAUCUGUCAUCGUCGUCUUCCACAACGAGGCCUGGUCGACUCUCUUAAGGACGGUCCACUCCGUCAUCAACAGGUCGCCUAAGAAGCUGCUGAGGGAGAUCAUCUUGGUGGACGAUGCCUCCGAGAGGACCUUCCUGAAGGAACCUUUGGAAGAGUACGUGGCUAAGCUUCCGGUGUCUGUUCGGGUCAUUCGGUCUGCCGUUAGAACUGGACUGAUCAGGGCACGGCUCCUCGGGGCACAGGAGGCUAAGGGCUCCGUCCUGACGUUCCUCGACGCCCACUGCGAAGCUACUGACGGAUGGCUGGAACCCCUGCUGUCGCGCAUCGCGGGCGACAGGACUCGCGUCGUGUGCCCCAUAAUCGACAUCAUCCACGACGACACCUUCCAGUACGUGAGGUCCUUCGAGCUGCACUGGGGCGCGUUCAAUUGGAACCUCCACUUCCGAUGGUACACGCUCGGCCAGAGAGAGCUCGACGAACGGAGGAAAGAUGUCACUGAGGCUUACAGAACCCCUGCCAUGGCUGGUGGACUCUUCAGUAUCGACAAGGAUUAUUUUUACCAGCUGGGAUCCUACGACAAGAACAUGGAUGUCUGGGGAGGGGAGAACUUGGAAAUGUCUUUUCGGGUGUGGAUGUGUGGUGGAUCCGUCGAGAUAGCACCCUGUAGCCACGUCGGCCACGUCUUCCGAAAGAGCUCUCCGUACACGUUCCCUGGGGAAGGUGGCGUCGGAGGUGUCCUCUAUCGUAACCUGGCGCGCGUCGCCCUCGUUUGGCUAGACGAAUGGGCCGAGUUCUACUUCAAAAUAAACAAGGAGGCUGCUCGUGUCAGAGAUGACGUCACCGUCAAGGACAGACUGCUGUUGAGGAAACGACUUCAGUGUCAUGGCUUCCAGUGGUACCUGGACAACAUCUGGCCCGAAAACUUCUUCCCCAGUAAAUCAAGGUUCUUUGGAAAGAUCCGUAAUACGUACCAAGGACGUUGUCUACAGAAGCCUGUAGGAGUUGGAGGAGCUAGUCAGCCCACAGGAACGACGGUCUUGAGAGAUUGUGUCAUAGAAACUUACCUUCCUCAAACUUUUGUCUUCAGUAAAAAAGGUUACAUCAUGACGGACGAAAGCGUGUGUCUUGAUGCCCCAGAUGCAGACGCUUCGAAGGAACCCCAGGUGCGCAUUAUGGCCUGCAACGAGUUCGAGCGUCAGCGGUGGACCUACGAAGAGGAUACGCAGCACCUACGGCACAUCAUGUCUGGACUUUGCCUCGAUCUGCCAUCGAGAGCUAACCCGGAGACGUUAUCUCUCCAAAAGUGUGACACUUACACGAAAAGCCAGAAGUGGGUCUUUGAACACGAAGACUGGACCGAGAAGAGAUGAAUUUAAUCAAUAGUAGUUACAAAUUGAACAGAAUUAACCUCAUACGUAUGGCAAGUAUGGCAAAGAGGGAAGGACAGUAUGUCCAUUGUGAUGAAAUCAAAGUUUAGUCCUCCAUAAUGCCAAAUCUCGCUUAUGUGAUAUUAGUUUGUAUGUAGUAGGACCUCCGUUUUUUUUUGAGUUCUCAAGUCAAAUAGUAACCUACAUGUAUUACUGAGAGAAAUACGUACACCAAAGUAGGUAUGAUAUUGCUUUGCGGCUUAUGAGGAACUCUGCCAAACCUUUUGGAGAUAUACACCAAAGUCUUCAAAAGUGAUAUGGAAAAACAAUUUUUAUAAUGCAGCAUCGAAUGCUGAUUUUAAAAUGAUAAAGGAUUCAGGAUAAUUGUAAGUUUAUGUCAUGUCCAUCAGUAGUAUAUGUGUAACUGCAUAACCGCUGACAAAAUGUGAUUUAGGGGAUGUGUGCAGUAUGAUUUAGUUUAUUAUUUUCAUAAAUGACUCUUUGACUAUAUAGCUGUUAGUAGCUUGUAGGAUUUGGUGUUUGAUGGUUGUAAACCAAGCUUUCCUUUUUAUAUGUAAUAAACUCCUUCCAAAAAUUUUAGUGGUUUGAUGGGACUUAUGAAAAAGAAUUGGUCUGUUUUUAUAUAUAAAAAGCUCCUCUUUUUAUAUAUAAAAUCCUUCCUAAAAUUUUAGUGGUGUAGUGAGACUUAUGAAAAGAAUUGUGCUGUGUUCAAUACUUCAAAUAUGUAAAUGUUGUUUAUAGUAUUGGAAAUUAUUAUACAUUUUGAAACAUUCACCUUCAAAUGUGUAUGAAAUUAAUUUACCAUGUCAGUGAGAACAAUCAAAUUAUCUAUUUUGUCUUUGUAAUUAGAUCAUGCUUUUUUGCGUAUGUUGUGUUCAUACCUGUAUCGUGGUUGUGCCUUUGCUGUUUCUUUUCAUUUCAUGUCUGAAACAUUCCUGAAAACUUAUUUUUUAAUUCUGAUUUAUUUUAACACUUUUGUAAUCAUGAUUAUCACUCUGGUCAUGUUUUGCAUACGUUUUGUAGCUGUGCGUCAAUUUAGAGACAUAAUGAGAAGGACUUUGUACAUAAAAUGUGCAUAAUUUG